AUGUAUGAAUAUUCAACGAAUCAUCCAGAUCGUUGGUCGAUGGUGAUGUCUGGUGAUGUACGGGAUUUGUUGGUGAAGAUGGUAGAGACAUUGGAACUGGAUGCUGUUGUUGAUCGUGGUGACUCGGUUGUGGUGUCGUUGAGACUGUUGCUGCGCUGCAAUUCAGUCGCAUUGUCAUGGCGUGAUUCGAAUGAAUUUGGCUAG